UGCUUUGGCCAUAAUGUUCUUUAAUGUCUUCUCUAAAAUUUAUUUUUUAUUGUAUACUAGAUUCGAAUGGCCAACUCUAUGUUACGAUGCGUGAGUACUACUGCUACAAAUUCCAGAUGCGUCGUGAAAUUUUCAACACAGUGUUGCAUGGUCAGCGUCUGUUCCAGCAGUUCGCAGUAGACACGUACAUCAAGCUAGAGACUACACGACUGAACUACAUACUGUUUAACCAAUCAAGAAUCAGGGCUGAUCUUUAUCAAGGCCUGAUGGAUAGCGUGUAUGCUGGGGAGCAUCGAGCAAGUGCAUUGGGUAAAUUGUGGGUUCUACCGGCUUCCUUCAUCGGCGGACCGAGAGACAUGAGACGACGAUACAUGGAUGCCUUUGCUCUCGUGCAAAAGUACGGUAAGCCGGACAUAUUUCUUACCAUGACAUGCAAUCCAAAUUGGGAGGAGAUAACCAGCGAGCUAGAACCAGGUCAAAAAUCACAAGACCGUUGUGAUUUGGUGGUGCGAGUUUUUAAGGCUAAACUAGACAAUUUGAAGCAUCAACUCUUCAAAAAGCACAUACUUGGUGUCGUGGCAGCACAUGUCUAUGUGAUUGAGUUCCAAAAAAGAGGUCUACCACAUGCACACUUCCUUCUUAUCAUGCAGACAGGCAGUAAGCUAACUGUUCCAGACCAGUAUGACGCUGUUAUAUCGGCAGAACUUCCAGAUAAGAACAGAUUCCCAGAACUUUUUGAUAUGGUAGUCAAACACAUGAUGCAUGGCCCAUGCGGACAUCUCAACAUGCAAAAUACAUGUAUGAAGAAUGGUAGUUGCAAGUGCCACUAUCCACGACUAUUUGGUGAGACAACGCUUCAGGGCAAAGACUCGUACCCCAUUUACAGAAGAAGAGAUGACGGACAAAAAGUACGAGUAAGGGGGCAUGACUUGGACAACCGUUGGGUUGUUCCUUAUAAUCCUACUUUAUUGAGGAUGUAUGACUGCCACAUUAAUGUGGAGGUUUGCUCAAGCAUUAAGGCUGUGAAGUAUAUAUACAAGUACAUUCAUAAGGGUCAUGAUAGGGCAUCUGUCACUGUGAUCGACGUUGAUGGUGGUCAAAGUAUUAACGAGAUUGAGAACUUCAGAGAUGCCAGAUGGGUAUCACCACAAGAGGCUUUAUGGAGAAUAUAUAGUUUCGAUCUGCAUGGUAUAUCUCCCCCAGUUCUGCAACUACAGCUCCACUUGCCUGGCAUGCAUCUUGUUAGUUACAAUAUAAAUGAUGAUAUGCGUCAGGUCUUAAACAAGGAUAACAUUGACAAAUCGAUGUUAACUGAGUACUUUAGAGCAAAUCAGUUGUUUGAUUGGGCAUCAAACUACUUAUAUAGGGAGUUCCCCGAGGUGGCAAGGUGGUGGCCAGGUGCAAAGAAAUGGACAGCGCGUCAACAACGUAUGCAAGUUGGAAGAAUAGUCUCGGCACACCCAGCAGAGGGAGAACGUUAUUAUCUAAGGGUGCUACUUAAUCACGUGAGGGGUGCUACCUCAUUUGAAAGUCUAAGGACAUACGACGGUAAUGUAUAUCCAACUUUUCGUGAAGCUGCCGAAAAAGGGGUCUUAUUGAGGCAGACAACAGCAUCGAUGAGUGCUUAACUGAGGCGUCAGGAUUUCAUAUGCCACCUUCUCUUAGAAGGCUAUUUGCGACGAUCCUGGUUUUCUGUGAGCCUACUGAUGUGGUUGGUCUGUGGAACAAACAUUUGGAGGCAAUGUCUGAUGACUUCUGUCGAACCCAUAGUAACUCAAAUGUGGUCGAGCAGUUAGUGUUGUUGGAUAUUAGAGAUAUGCUUCAAACAAUGGGUAAGGACAUCAGGUUAUUCCCUCUACCUGCAAUAAAGGACGAGCACGACAAUAUGGCAGAUGUUGUUAGAGAGAUAUUUGAAGAGAUGAAUAUUCCAGAAGACCCUGAGGCUGAAUUUGUGGUUUCAUCUCUCAACCAUGAGCAGAGACACGCUUACGACGUGAUAUUAUCAUCGGUGGAGAAUAUUAGUGGAGGUGUCUUCUUUGUGGAUGGUCCAGGAGGAACAGGCAAGACAUUUCUGUACAAAGCUUUGCUGGCAACUGUUCGGCGCUCUGGAAAGAUAGCUAUUGCUACUGCGACGUCAGGAGUAGCGGCAUCUAUUAUGCCUGGUGGUAGGACCGCACAUUCAAGAUUCAAAAUCCCAUUGAACAUAAAAGAAGGUGACGUGUGUAGCUUCACUAAACAGAGUGGGACAGCCAAAAUGUUACGAAGGUCAUCACUGAUCUUAUGGGAUGAGGCCACGAUGACUAAACGACAGGCAAUUGAGGCACUUGAUAAGAGCAUGAGAGAUAUAAUGGAUAGACCUGAUUUGCCUUUUGGAGGGAAAACAGUGGUAUUUGGUGGCGACUUUAGACAGGUCCUUCCGGUUGUACGGAAAGGUACAAGGGCCCAAAAUCAUAAACUCAACGUUGCGUAGAUCUUCUCUAUGGGAUAGCAUGCAACAUCUUAGACUUGUGCGCAACAUGAGGGCACAGUCAGAUCAAUGGUUUUCAGACUAUCUACUACGUAUUGGUAAUGGGAUCGAAGAGACAUGCAACGAUGAUAAUGUGAGAUUACCUGACGAGAUAUGCAUUCCUUACACCGGUGAAGAUGAUGAUGUUGAUAGAUUAAUUGAAGAAAUAUUUCCAUCGCUAGAGACGAACAUGCAUAAUCGAGAUUACAUCACAUCUCGAGCGAUCUUGUCAACAAAAAAUGAAAAUGUUGACAAGAUAAAUAUGAGGUUCAUCGAUCGCUUCUCAGGGCAAGAGAUGGUUUACCAUAGUUUCGAUGUUGCUGUUGAUGAUCCUAACAACAACUAUCCUCCUGAGUUCUUAAACUCUCUCACACCGAGUGGACUGCCUCCGCACAUCCUCAAACUAAAGGUCAACUGUCCAGUGAUUUUGCUCCGAAAUCUUGAUCCUCCCAACGGUUUGUGCAAUGGCACAAGAUUAAUAAUUCGUGAUUUUCACAGAAAUACAAUUGAUGCCGAGAUUGUUUUAGGACAACAUGCAGGGAAGAGAGUUUUUCUACCACGCAUUCCUUUAUGUCCUUCUGAUGAUGAGAUCUUUCCUUUCAAGUUUAAGAGGACUCAAUUCCCUCUUAGACUCAGCUUUGCUAUGACGGUGAAUAAAGCACAGGGACAGACAAUACCGCACGUUGGAGUAUAUCUACCAAAUCCGGUCUUCUCCCAUGGACAGUUAUAUGUUGCCUUAUCACGAGCAACAACGAGAAGCAAUGUAAAGAUACUUGCGGCUGGAGAAAUGGUUCUGAGCAAAAACUCGAAUGAGACAUAUACAAAGAAUAUAGUGUACAAAGAAGUCCUCACUUCUUAGACUUUGUUUUUGUGACAUUCACACUGUAGUACACAUUUUAUUCAUACCAGUUUAGUUAUGUAUUAGUUGUUGCCAAAUUAUUUGUGAGAUAUUGAGGUCGAUAAUAUAUGUGGUGCUUGUUUUUUAUGUAAUCGUUGUGCACUAUCAUUUUAUCGAAUGUUUUGUUUGCACAUUUUAUCGAAUGUUUUGUUUCCUUUUUAAUGCUUUCCCUAAUGCAAUAUGUUUUUAUAUCUCUACUAAAUCACCAUGGAUAUUAGAGAUGGAUGAAGAAAAGGUUGAUGUCGGCACUAUUGUUAAUCCAUCAUUUGAGGAUAUGGCGGGUAGUGGUUGUUCAGCUCAAAUUCUAAUCAAAUGCAGUGACACACACGAAUUGGGUAAGAGCUGUUAUCAAUAACUACAUUGGAGUAAUUUCAACAAUAUUUUUUUGUUUGACACCUAAUUAUUCUCUUGUGCACCAUAGAUAAUAAUGAUGGGGAGAAUAUUAAGGACAUUGUUGGUAAUGUUGUAGAACAAUCGCUUGAUGUUGUGGCAGUAGGAAGUGACCCAGUUCAUGUGUCAGCUAAAGCCGAUGUUGGAGAACAACCGAGUAGGCUCUCAUAUCUAGAUUUCUAAAUGCUCUCUGUCUGAUGAUUACUAAAUGUUGUCUUAUAAUUUUCUACUAAAUAAUGCUUUUUCAAUAUAUUGAUGUUUUUUACUCCUCACACAGAUGUGACUCCCUUGUCAUCCUUGGAUGUUCAAAAUGAAUCAACUCAAAUAAGUUCUGAUGUGGAUACGUUGGAGCAGAUCGAACAAGAUAACUUGGACACUUUGAUUAGGAUAUGCGAGCAUAACAAACCAAAGAAGUUGAAUGUGGCUCGAGUUUUACCCAAAGGUAAUUAUUUUUGGUUCUUACCUUGUUGCAUCCUAUCGGUUUCUCAUAUAUCAUUUGCAUAUGAAGUAUAAUUUGUUCAUUAUAUAUAGAUUAUACGUGCACUACAGAAGAUCUUCAACUUAUUGAAUACAUUAAAUCACUACCGGGAAAACAAGUUGUGGUGAACAUCGACACCGCUUGGUUAAAUAGAUAUGAUAUGGAAUGUCUUUUCCAUGGUGACUUGCAAUUGACUGGCGAGGCAAGUACAUCUAUAUUAUAUAAUAUAAAAUAAAAUAUAUAUCUUUAUAUCUAUCCUAUUAUAUUGUAAGGUAUUCAAAUUUAAAUCUAACCUGUAAAUUUAAUGUACCAAUUGUAUUGUUUUGGUAUACAGGUCCUUAGUGCAUAUAUACAUUCUAUUAGAGAUGAAGAGCAUAUACUUCAUAGAGAAGGUGGAAAGGUCUUCUUAGAGAGCACGUUCAUUUCCAGCUUGCUUAAGCGUGAUGGUGAUCCUAAGAUACUCUUGAAUUGUAAGGAAGACACACUUGAAAACAGGGUGGACAACUAUUUACAAGCUGACAUGGUUAACUUAAAAAUCAACUCAUUCUAAGACAUGUAAUAUAUUGGUGCACAACACUUGCAAAUUAAUUUUAAUGCAUAUGUUCGAUGCAGGUGUUCAUUCCAAUAAACAUAGAAAAUUUUCACUGGUACCUGGCGAUUGUCAAUGCUAAAAAAAAUGAGGUACAUAUACUCGAUUCUAUGGGACCACAAAUAACGGAUCGUCGAGACCUUUAUACUACAGUGAGUAAUUAUUCCUUAUAUAUAUAUGUGAUUAUUUUAGCAUUACAUUAUUUGCUAUCUUUCAAUCUUAAAAUUUUAUUUGUUUGCCACAUAGUUAAAAGGUCUAGAAAGACAGAUUAAAAUUGUAGCAGAACAUAAAGAACUUAACCGGGAUAAGUGGUCAGACAUUGAUGUUACAUCAUGGCCAGUUAUAGAAAAGAUUACAAAGCAAAUGCAAACCGAUGGGUAAAAUUCUUGUGACCAUUACUUUACAGAAUUGAUUGUGUUUGUUUUCAUAUACAUAGAAACUCACCUAUUGUUUUUAAAUUAUGUUUAGGGUUUCUUGCGGUCUAUGGAUGGUGAACUAUAUGGAAUAUUGGACAGGGUCUUCUCUGUCUAAUAACAUAACUCAGAACGAUAUAACAAAGUUUAGAUUUAAGCUACCUGCAAUAUUGUGGAACUCAAGAUUAAACACAAAGAAAGGACAUCAAGAGACUAACCAUCAUGCAGAUGAAGAUGGAGGAAGUUCAUGUGAUGUUGAGAUAAUCAAGACUCCUUGUGAGUUACCUAUAUCGUUAAAUGCAUCAUCCCAGGUUCAACCAUUUAUAUCGUCAUGUGCUCUGCCCGCUACAUUAACAUCAACAAACACACAAGAACUGAUGAGUGCAUUAUGCACAUACAUCAUGGAGAUAGACGACGCCGAAUAUUUGGAGAAACAUUGGAUUCAGAGCACCAAGCCUUAUCCAAUUUCUUUAAGUCUUCAACAGCUUAAAAAUAUAUUGGAUGUAAAUAAACCGAUGGAUAAGGAUUGCUUCAACAUAGCUGUUCGGAUGAUCGCAUGCAGUGAUGCCUUGUUCUUGUUGGAAAACAAAUACCACUACAUGGAUCUACAGUUCUGUGUAUGUUGAUUAGUGAUUAAACUAUUUUCAUAUAAAUAUGAUCAUUAUAUUACUAUAUUUUACUAACAUGGUAAUAAACAGUCCAUAACUAAUUAUGGUCAAGACCCUCGCCUUCGUGCAAAGCUAGAUACCAAUGUAUUGGCGAAUUUAUUUGAAUGUUGGCCUGACAUGGAGUAUACUAUUUCAGAUUGCAGCCAAAUUCUAUUGCCCUUUUGUUUCUUGGGUCACUUCAGUUUAUAUGUAUUUAACAUGAACACCAGAAGCAUCUAUAUAAUGGACUCCAUGCCUCUACCAUCAUGGUUUAAGGGUAACGAUCCAAGCAUGCAUUAUAUUCACAAAAUACAUAAUAUUGCCAAUAAUAUGAAUGUUGCCAUGAAAUUGGCUAAUCCUACAUGGAAAGACGAUAUUUAUAUGUGGCGUCGUAUAGUACCAUCAUGGGUUCCAAAAACAUUAAACUGGGAUUUAUCAGGCUUUCUUGUUAUCAACUUUAUGCACUCGUGGAAUGGUAAAAGGUUACCCUGCAUUUCCACUACUUCAAGUGUACUGAGGACCAAAUUCUUGGUAGAGUUGAUGAAGUACCAGGACAAUGAAUGUAAUGACAAUAUUCCAGAAGAAAUACAAAAGAUUAUUAAGCGCAUCAGUGUUUAGUUGGCUUUAGAUAUACGUGAUUUAUUUGUAAAUACUCGAGUUUAUGAUAAAAACAAAGAUUUAGAAUUUUUGCUCACUUGUUAUUCCUGUCCUUUUAGUAUGAAUUUUAAUGUAUAUUCACGUUUGAUUGUAAAUUGAUUUGUAUAUUUUAUAAGAUUGUGGUCCAUAAUAUGUUACUUGUUUUUAUGUAAUCAUUGUGCAUGAAUAAUUUGUGUGCCGUCGCAACGCACGGGCACUUGACUAGUUAUAAAGGUAUGUGAUAGAACAAAAUAAGGUUCUCGACUGCAUAGACAAUUUUAUUACAAAGCCAACGUAACUUGAACGGAGUAAUUCAGAGAUAAAAAUGAACAAGUUAUGAUUUUUUUUAACUUUUUGGAUUUAUUUUCAUUCCUAAAAUCAAUUUCUUAUUCCUUUUAUAUAAUUCGGUGGACUCUUGGACUGUGGUUACUAUUUGUAUAAAAGCCAGGGGCUAAAAUACUAAAAGCGGGACCUGCUUAUAAUUAUUUUUGAAUACGGCUGGAUGGCAGGUUUAUUCAAUGAAAGGGUAGGGACUCUUUAGCAAAAUGUACGAGGCCGAAGUGGUAUGGGUGUCCGCGGUCGUCCGAUCAAAACAAAGGGCCAGGAUUAGGUUUCAAUUUCCUGCGAACCAGUAUCAAUACUUGACCACCGGAUCACGAUCCAACGGUUCAGAUUUUAAAUCACUAAGAUCGCUUUUCAUCCGACCGAUUUGGAUCGGAUGGCCCAAACCCAACCGUGAAGGGGUACGCCCCCGAUCUUAUCCUGAGUGCAUAAAUUAGAUCUGACAGCGCCCGCCACACUCUCCCCUGGCGGAGCACUACGGCGGCGACUGUCGCUUCAUGGCCUGGACACGUCGGUGAGCAGCGACAUGGCGACCCGGUGCCCGGAUCUACGUGUUGCAAGGUACAAAUCAUUCCUGAGAACAUGGUGAACACACAAGAGAAUUACUUACCGAUGAUUAUGCACCUAGGGACCCAGACCAUGAUGUAUUGCGGCCCCGCGGCGGCAGAGUAGCUCCGGUGAGGAAUUCCUACCCCAUAGACAACCAAUCGCGCCCGUUGAGGGCACCAUUUUCUCCAGCAUGCUCGAAAGAAGAUCUCUGACCACCAUACGCGGCCCGACCGACUACGCGGCUGGGUAUCCCAUGUCCGCGGCAUGGUUUCUCCCUCCACCAUCUCUUCUGUCCUCGGCGAGAUGCACCCGGCAUACCGAAUUGGUAGUGCCAUGGCUGCCCUAUAUGGGCGCUAGGGAAAGGAACAGGGCCCCACCAGAUCCCAACAACCUCGCCAUAUCCUAACUAACCUCAGCGAGCCGCGCGGGGAAGAAGACCUUCUGACAGGGUGUGCCCACGAGCCAGCGAGGGCCGAUGCGCGCACAUGGCGCGAGAGCGGCUGACAGCGCGGGACCCACGUGUAAGUGACGAAGGCAGACGCGCGCAGAGGGGCUACUGGGUGUGCGCAUGAGUCUGGGCUGUUGGUGUGGUGCAGUUGGGCAGAGGCGAGGUGGUUUCAGCCCACCCGCGGUACUGCUUCUCUUCUUUUUUUUUCUUUUCUUUUUGUUCUGUUUUUAUUCCUAUUUUGUGUUCCCAAUUUCAAUUUCAAAACCAAAUUCAAAUCUGAGCUGGAGUUUUGACCACAUAUUAAAUGUACAAACAAAAAUGCCAACAUGAGAUGCAAUUUAUACUAUUUUUUAUUCA